UUCUUGAGUGAAGAGGACAAAUGCGCUGGCGCGGAAUCGCUGUUCUAGUCGUGGCUUGCGUCGUAUCUCAGUGCGGCGGGGAUGUGGAAUCGACGCUCGCGAUGGUGAAGCCCGACUGCGUCGAGACGAAUCAGGUGGAAUCCAUCAAGGCCCUUGUCAAUGCGUCGGGUUUUCUGAUCAUCACCGAGAGAAUGCUACGUCUGGAAGAAUCGCUGGCCAGGAACUUUUAUGCCGAGCAUUCCAAGCGCGAGUUUUUUGACGAUCUCGUCGAUUUCAUGACAAGUGGUUCUGUCGCUGCCAUGGUGCUCCAGAAACACAACGCCAUUGCUGAGUGGCGUGAGUUGAUCGGUCCGACUGAUCCAUCCAAGGCGAGAGUUUCUCAUCCACAAACCCUUCGAGCCAAAUGGGGUAUCGAUACGCAAAGGAACUGCGUUCACGGAUCAGAUUCCUCACUAUCUGCUGGAAGAGAAAUUUCUCUCUUGUUUGGUGGUUCACGCUCCACAGGAGCCGGUAGAAUCUCUCACGAAGAACUAUGAGCUGCGUCUCAAGGAUCGUGGCUUUCGGCUCGUACUGUCAGUCACAUACUCCACAUUGGCCGGCAGGGUACUAAGUAUAAUUCGCGCUUGGGAAAGGUUUCGGAACAUGCGGUGGAGCCAUAGAUAGCAUCCAACACAAUCUCAGGCUGAUCUCUAUGUUGGCCCCUCGCAAUCAGGGUUGCAGCUUGGGUACAUCCAGCAAGGAGCACAGCUACAGGCAGGUCCAGUUCAACAAUGGAUGCCGCGGCUCUAGAGCCAAGCCCAUGGAUGCAAACUGUUGAGUGGCCCUGUGUCACGUGGCUACUUUCCAGUGGUUUGCCACGAAGCUUCUGGUUUCCGGCUGUCUUGACGGCAAACUAUCUCCAGAACCGGCUCCCCACCUCUGCUGGCAUCGCUCCUGAAGAAGCAUGGAGUAGCAAGAAACCUACAGUUACGCAUCUGAGAAUAUUCAGGUGUGAAGCGUGGGCACACAUCCCUGACGGAAUGCACAAGAAAUUGGAGCAGGCUGUGUUUGUCGAUCACAAAGCCUAUCGUCUCUGAAAUCCAAUCACGAAGCAGGAGAUCCUGAGCAGAGAUGUGGUUUUCAACGU